CUUUCGAAAAUAGCCUACUUUAUCUUAGUAAUAGAGAAAAGCUCUGCAGAAGACUUAGCUUAUGUAUUUUUCCAAUAUAUUUACGUAACCUAUAGACUACUAAAUAAAAUUAUCUUUAAUAAAGAAUUAACGUUUAUGUUAAAAUUUUAG